AUGACAUCACCAGCUUCAACAGACACCACUGUAAUAAACACAAGGGACACAAGACCAACUGUAAUGAGUAAUAUCACUCCAGUGGUCUCAACAGCCUCAGUGACAGCUGGACUAGAGCAACAAUCAACCUUACCCUCUUCCACCACUUCUACUGAGGAAACGUCAGCAUCUUCUCAGGACCACCAGGCUCAGAGCAUGGAAACCACCAGAGAAACUCAAACCACCACCAUCACAGAUGUGACCACAUCCACUCCCUCAUCAUCCCCACGGGGAUCCACUCUUACAGAAGGCACACCCCAGGAGACAUCCUCUUCAGGUGAAACAACCACUUCAUAUCCAGCUAGUGUGAGCCGCACACCUGCAACAACAUCAGAAAUAUUGACAACACCAACCUCAACAAACAGAAAUUUCUCUCCAUCUACUGGAGACAACACAUCUCGAAUGACAUCACCAGCUUCAACAGACACCACUGUAAUAAACACAAGGGACACAAGACCAACUGUAAUGAGUAAUAUCACUCCAGUGGUCGCAACAGCCUCAGUGACAGCUGGACUAGAGCAACAAUCAACCUUACCCUCUUCCACCACUUGUACUGAGGAAACGUCAGCAUCUUCUCAGGACCACCAGGCUCAGAGCAUGGAAACCACCAGAGAAACUCAAACCACCACCAUCACAGAUGUGACCACAUCCACUCCCUCAUCAUCCCCACGGGGAUCCACUCUUACAGAAGGCACACCCCAGGAGACAUCCUCUUCAGGUGAAACAACCACUUCAUAUCCAGCUAGUGUGAGCCGCACACCUGCAACAACAUCAGAAAUAUUGACAACACCAACCUCAACAAACAGAAAUUUCUCUCCAUCUACUGGAGACAACACAUCUCGAAUGACAUCACCAGCUUCAACAGACACCACUGUAAUAAACACAAGGGACACAAGGCCAACUGUAACGAGUAAUAUCACUCCAGUGGUCUCAACAGCCUCAGUGACAGCUGGACUAGAGCAACAAUCAACCUUACCCUCUUCCACCACUUCUACUGAGGAAACAUCAGCAUCUUCUCAGGACCACCAGGCUCAGAGCAUGGAAACCACCAGAGAAACUCAAACCACCACCAUCACAGAUGUGACCACAUCCACUCCCUCAUCAUCCCCACGGGGAUCCACUCUUACAGAAGGCACACCCCAGGAGACAUCCUCUUCAGGUGAAACAACCACUUCAUAUCCAGCUAGUGUGAGCCGCACACCUGCAACAACAUCAGAAAUUUUGACAACACCAACCUCAACAAACAGAAAUUUCUCUCCAUCUACUGGAGACAACACAUCUCGAAUGACAUCAAAGAUGAUGACAUCACCAGCUUCAACAGACACCACUGUAAUAAACACAAGGGACACAAGGCCAACUGUAACGAGUAAUAUCACUCCAGUGGUCUCAACAGCCUCAGUGACAGCUGGACUAGAGCAACAAUCAACCUUACCCUCUUCCACCACUUCUACUGAGGAAACGUCAGCAUCUUCUCAGGACCACCAGGCUCAGAGCAUGGAAACCACCAGAGAAACUCAAACCACCACCAUCACAGAUGUGACCACAUCCACUCCCUCAUCAUCCCCACGGGGAUCCACUCUUACAGAAGGCACACCCCAGGAGACAUCCUCUUCAGGUGAAACAACCACUUCAUAUCCAGCUAGUGUGAGCCGCACACCUGCAACAACAUCAGAAAUAUUGACAACACCAACCUCAACAAACAGAAAUUUCUCUCCAUCUACUGGAGACAACACAUCUCGAAUGACAUCACCAGCUUCAACAGACACCACUGUAAUAAACACAAGGGACACAAGACCAACUGUAAUGAGUAAUAUCACUCCAGUGGUCGCAACAGCCUCAGUGACAGCUGGACUAGAGCAACAAUCAACCUUACCCUCUUCCACCACUUCUACUGAGGAAACAUCAGCAUCUUCUCAGGACCACCAGGCUCAGAGCAUGGAAACCACCAGAGAAACUCAAACCACCACCAUCACAGAUGUGACCACAUCCACUCCCUCAUCAUCCCCACGGGGAUCCACUCUUACAGAAGGCACACCCCAGGAGACAUCCUCUUCAGGUGAAACAACCACUUCAUAUCCAGCUAGUGUGAGCCGCACACCUGCAACAACAUCAGAAAUAUUGACAACACCAACCUCAACAAACAGAAAUUUCUCUCCAUCUACUGGAGACAACACGUCUCGAAUGACAUCACCAGCUUCAACAGACACCACUGUAAUAAACACAAGGGACACAAGGCCAACUGUAACGAGUAAUAUCACUCCAGUGGUCUCAACAGCCUCAGUGACAGCUGGACUAGAGCAACAAUCAACCUUACCCUCUUCCACCACUUCUACUGAGGAAACAUCAGCAUCUUCUCAGGACCACCAGGCUCAGAGCAUGGAAACCACCAGAGAAACUCAAACCACCACCAUCACAGAUGUGACCACAUCCACUCCCUCAUCAUCCCCACGGGGAUCCACUCUUACAGAAGGCACACCCCAGGAGACAUCCUCUUCAGGUGAAACAACCACUUCAUAUCCAGCUAGUGUGAGCCGCACACCUGCAACAACAUCAGAAAUAUUGACAACACCAACCUCAACAAACAGAAAUUUCUCUCCAUCUACUGGAGACAACACAUCUCGAAUGACAUCAAAGGUGAUGACAUCACCAGCUUCAACAGACACCACUGUAAUAAACACAAGGGACACAAGGCCAACUGUAACGAGUAAUAUCACUCCAGUGGUCUCAACAGACUCAGUGACAGCUGGACUAGAGCAACAAUCAACCUUACCCUCUUCCACCACUUCUACUGAGGAAACAUCAGCAUCUUCUCAGGACCACCAGGCUCAGAGCAUGGAAACCACCAGAGAAACUCAAACCACCACCAUCACAGAUGUGACCACAUCCACUCCCUCAUCAUCCCCACGGGGAUCCACUCUUACAGAAGGCACACCCCAGGAGACAUCCUCUUCAGGUGAAACAACCACUUCAUAUCCAGCUAGUGUGAGCCGCACACCUGCAACAACAUCAGAAAUAUUGACAACACCAACCUCAACAAACAGAAAUUUCUCUCCAUCUACUGGAGACAACACAUCUCGAAUGACAUCAAAGAUGAUGACAUCACCAGCUUCAACAGACACCACUGUAAUAAACACAAGGGACACAAGGCCAACUGUAACGAGUAAUAUCACUCCAGUGGUCUCAACAGCCUCAGUGACAGCUGGACUAGAGCAACAAUCAACCUUACCCUCUUCCACCACUUCUACUGAGGAAACGUCAGCAUCUUCUCAGGACCACCAGGCUCAGAGCAUGGAAACCACCAGAGAAACUCAAACCACCACCAUCACAGAUGUGACCACAUCCACUCCCUCAUCAUCCCCACGGGGAUCCACUCUUACAGAAGGCACACCCCAGGAGACAUCCUCUUCAGGUGAAACAACCACUUCAUAUCCAGCUAGUGUGAGCCGCACACCUGCAACAACAUCAGAAAUAUUGACAACACCAACCUCAACAAACAGAAAUUUCUCUCCAUCUACUGGAGACAACACAUCUCGAAUGACAUCACCAGCUUCAACAGACACCACUGUAAUAAACACAAGGGACACAAGACCAACUGUAAUGAGUAAUAUCACUCCAGUGGUCGCAACAGCCUCAGUGACAGCUGGACUAGAGCAACAAUCAACCUUACCCUCUUCCACCACUUCUACUGAGGAAACAUCAGCAUCUUCUCAGGACCACCAGGCUCAGAGCAUGGAAACCACCAGAGAAACUCAAACCACCACCAUCACAGAUGUGACCACAUCCACUCCCUCAUCAUCCCCACGGGGAUCCACUCUUACAGAAGGCACACCCCAGGAGACAUCCUCUUCAGGUGAAACAACCACUUCAUAUCCAGCUAGUGUGAGCCGCACACCUGCAACAACAUCAGAAAUAUUGACAACACCAACCUCAACAAACAGAAAUUUCUCUCCAUCUACUGGAGACAACACAUCUCGAAUGACAUCAAAGAUGAUGACAUCACCAGCUUCAACAGACACCACUGUAAUAAACACAAGGGACUCAAGGCCAACUGUAACGAGUAAUAUCACUCCAGUGGUCUCAACAGCCUCAGUGACAGCUGGACUAGAGCAACAAUCAACCUUACCCUCUUCCACCACUUCUAUUGAGGAAACAUCAGCAUCUUCUCAGGACCACCAGGCUCAGAGCAUGGAAACCACCAGAGAAACUCAAACCACCACCAUCACAGAUGUGACCACAUCCACUCCCUCAUCAUCCCCACGGGGAUCCACUCUUACAGAAGGCACGCCCCAGGAGACAUCCUCUUCAGGUGAAACAACCACUUCAUAUCCAGCUAGUGUGAACAACACAUCUCAAAUGACAUCAAAGAUGAUGACAUCACCAGCUUCAACAGACACCACUGUAAUAAACACAAGGGACACAAGGCCAACUGUAACGAGUAAUAUCACUCCAGUGGUCUCAACAGCCUCAGUGACAGCUGGACUAGAGCAACAAUCAACCUUACCCUCUUCCACCACUUCUACUGAGGAAACGUCAGCAUCUUCUCAGGACCACCAGGCUCAGAGCAUGGAAACCACCAGAGAAACUCAAACCACCACCAUCACAGAUGUGACCACAUCCACUCCCUCAUCAUGCCCACGGGGAUCCACUCUUACAGAAGGCACGCCCCAGGAGACAUCCUCUUCAGGUGAAACAAUCACUUCUUCCCCAGCCACGGUGAGCCGCACACCUGCAACAACAUCAGAAAUGUUGACAACACCACCCUCAACAGACAGAAAUUUCUCCCCAUCUACUGGAAGCAACAUGUCUCCUACAACAUCAGAGAUGAUGGCAUCACCAGCUUCAACAGACACCACUGUAGAAAACACAAUGAACAUGUCACCAACUCUAACGAGAAAUAUCACUCCAGUAGCCUCAACAGUCUCAGUUAAAACUGGACUAGAGGACCAACCAACCUUACCCUCUUCCACCACUUCUACUGAGGCAACGUCAGCAUCUUCUCAGGACCACCAGGCUCAGAGCAUGGAAACCACCAGAGAAACUCAAACCACCACCAUCACAGAUGUGACCACAUCCACUCCCUCAUCAUCCCCACGGGGAUCCACUCUUACAGAAGGCACACCCCAGGAGACAUCCUCUUCAGGUGAAACAACCACUUCAUAUCCAGCUAGUGUGAGCCGCACACCUGCAACAACAUCAGAAAUAUUGACAACACCAACCUCAACAAACAGAAAUUUCUCUCCAUCUACUGGAGACAACACAUCUCGAAUGACAUCACCAGCUUCAACAGACACCACUGUAAUAAACACAAGGGACACAAGGCCAACUGUAACGAGUAAUAUCACUCCAGUGGUCUCAACAGCCUCAGUGACAGCUGGACUAGAGCAACAAUCAACCUUACCCUCUUCCACCACUUCUACUGAGGAAACAUCAGCAUCUUCUCAGGACCACCAGGCUCAGAGCAUGGAAACCACCAGAGAAACUCAAACCACCACCAUCACAGAUGUGACCACAUCCACUCCCUCAUCAUCCCCACGGGGAUCCACUCUUACAGAAGGCACACCCCAGGAGACAUCCUCUUCAGGUGAAACAACCACUUCAUAUCCAGCUAGUGUGAGCCGCACACCUGCAACAACAUCAGAAAUAUUGACAACACCAACCUCAACAAACAGAAAUUUCUCUCCAUCUACUGGAGACAACACAUCUCGAAUGACAUCAAAGGUGAUGACAUCACCAGCUUCAACAGACACCACUGUAAUAAACACAAGGGACACAAGGCCAACUGUAACGAGUAAUAUCACUCCAGUGGUCUCAACAGCCUCAGUGACAGCUGGACUAGAGCAACAAUCAACCUUACCCUCUUCCACCACUUCUACUGAGGAAACAUCAGCAUCUUCUCAGGACCACCAGGCUCAGAGCAUGGAAACCACCAGAGAAACUCAAACCACCACCAUCACAGAUGUGACCACAUCCACUCCCUCAUCAUCCCCACGGGGAUCCACUCUUACAGAAGGCACACCCCAGGAGACAUCCUCUUCAGGUGAAACAACCACUUCAUAUCCAGCUAGUGUGAGCCGCACACCUGCAACAACAUCAGAAAUAUUGACAACAGCAACCUCAACAAACAGAAAUUUCUCUCCAUCUACUGGAGACAACACAUCUCGAAUGACAUCACCAGCUUCAACAGACACCACUGUAGAAAACACAAUGGACAUGUCACCAACUCUAACCAGAAAUAUCACUCCAGUAGCCUCAACAGUCUCAGUUAAACCUGGACUAGAGGACCAACCAACCUUACCCUCUUCCACCACUUCUACUGAGGAAACGUCAGCAUCUUCUCAGGACCACCAUACUCAGAGCAUAGAAACCACCAGAGAAGCUCAAACAACUACCAUCACAGAUGUGAUCACAUCAACCGUCUCAUCAUCCCCACGUGGACCCACUCUUACAGAAGGCACGCCCCAGGAGACAUCCUCUUCAGGUGAAACAACCACUUCAUAUCCAGCUAGUGUGAGCCGCACACCUGCAACAACGUCAGAAAUACUGACAGCACGGACCUCAACAGACAGAAAUUUCUCUCCAUUUAGUGUAAGCAACACAUUUCCUACAACAUCAGAGAUGAUCAAUUCACCAGCUUCAACAGACAUCCUGAGUGAUGUAGCCUCUCGUUCUCCUUCCACAAUGUUGUCCACAAGUGGAGAAGUUCUGACAACAACCCCAGGCUCAUUCACCUAUGAAAAUACGAUGGCUGGGGUCAUUUCCCCUGUAGGUUCUGACAAUAACUCCUUGACAAAUACCACACAAGUCCCUACUUCCUCAGUGGGCGAGUCAAGCACACCCACCUCUGAGCAUCUUGCACCUGUUCAGACAGUAGCCUCUACUACGCAUCCUAUUACAAAGCCAACAGAUAUGGUUUCUACAAGUAAUCAAAACAGUGUAGCUGGAUCCACACCGACUUCACCAUUUCCACUGACAAGCUACCUUUCCAUCAAUACCACUCCUGAUACUUCUUCAGCAUCCCCUGGCCCUGCAGUCACCUGGAGCUCCACCACCCUAUUCACAGGUCACCCCACUCAUCUGUCUGUUACCAGCACUUCUCCACCAUCCACAGCAUCCUUAAGUUCUGCCGUGAAGACUGAGACAUCAGGAACAAUCGUAACCUCACAGAAGACAGACAGUGGGAGAAGCACAGCAACAUCACUACCCUCAACAACCUCCCAGUCCCUUACCACUCCCACUGCUGGCACUUCCAGAGGCACCUGUUCAACAGCUGUCCCAGUCCCUAUCAAGCCUGAGAAAGGCGUUUCCCUCUUCCCCUAUGGGCUGUGUGCUGGAGACCAGGAGUUUGUCAAGAGGACUGUGGACUUCACCUCGCCACUCUUCAAACCCCAGAUUGGCUUCCCCCUCGGCUCCUCUCUCCGAGAUUCCCUCUAUUUCACAGAUAAUGGCCAAAUUAUUUUUCCGGAGUCAGAGUACCAGAUUUUCUCCUACCCCAACCCUCCCCUUAGAGGCUUUACAGUCUGGGAUCCUGUGGCCCUGGUGGCUCCAUUCUGGGACGAUGCUGAUUUCUCCAGCAGCCGGGGAACCAUAUUUUACCAGGAAUACGAGACUCUCUAUGAUGAAUACAACCUGCUAGUGAGGGAGGUGGAGUCUUGGAUUAAAAGGUUAACAAACACCUGGAACUACAAAGCCAGGUGGACGCUAAAGGUCACGUGGGUCCACGUCCCCGCCUAUCCUGCCUGGGGGACCAUCGGGACCAACACCUACCAGGCCAUCCUUUCCACAGACGGGAGCAGGUCCUACGCCAUGUUUCUCUACCAAAGCGGCGGUAUGCAGUGGGAUGUGACCCAGCGCCCAGGCAACCCUGUCCUGAUGGGCUUCUCCAGUGGAGAUGGGUAUUUCAAAAAUAGCCCGUUGACAUUCCAGCCAGUGUGGAAGAAGUAUCGUCCAGACCAAUUCCUGGAUUCCAACUCAGGCUUCCGAGGGCUGCAAAUCUACAAGCUACACAAGGAAGAAAAGCGCAACUACCGUCUCCAGUGCCUGCAGUGGUUGAAGAGAGAGUCUCAGUGGCCCAGCUGGGGCUGGAACCAGAUCUCCUGCCCGUGUUCCUGGAGGCAGGGACUAUGGGACUUGAGAUUCCAGCCCAUCAACAUAGCCUGGUCGGGCCUUGGCAGCAGGCAGCUGUGCAGCUUCUCCUCCUGGAGAGGGGGCGUGUGCUGCAGCUACGGACCCUGGGAAGAGCUUCUCCAAGGCUGGAGAGUGCAGAGUCCUUGGCAGUUUGACCAAGAACUGGAGCCGCAGAAUUGGUGUUGCCGUUUCAACGAUAAGCCCUCCUUCUGCGCCCUGUACCAGCUCAGGAGGCCCCGCGUCAGCUGCGCUGGGUACCAGCCCCCGAGGCCAGCCUGGAUGUUUGGGGACCCCCACAUCACCACGUUGGAUGGUGCCAAUUACACCUUCAAUGGGCUGGGAGACUUCCUGCUGGUCCGGACCCAGGAUAGAAACUCCUCCUUCCUGCUGCAGGGCCGCACUGCCCAGACCGGCUCGGCCCAGGCCACCAACUUCAUUGCCUUCGCCGCUGAAUACAGCUCCAGCAGCCUGGACCCCAUCACAGUUCAAUGGCUCCUUGCGCCCAGUGACACAAUCCACGUUCGGCUCAACAACCAGACUGUAACAUUUGACACUAACCGUGAAGGUGCAAAAGGCCAGGAGAUGUUCAACACCUCUGGAGUUGUAAUGACCCGCAAUGGCUCCACGGUAUCAGCCAACUUUGAUGGGGCAGUGACCAUCUCAGUGAUCGCUAUGUCCAACAUCCUCCACGCGUCCUGCAGCCUCCCGGAGGAGUAUCAGAACCACACAGAGGGCCUCAUGGGCUUCUGGAACGGCAACCCAGAUGACGACUUCAGGAUGCCCAAUGGCUCCACCCUUCCCCCAGGGAGCUCCGAGGAGAUGCUUUUUCACUAUGGAAUGGCCUGGGAAAUCAACGGAACAAGCCUUUUUGGCAAGAGGGACGACCCUUUGCCGUCCAACUUCACCCCUGUCUUCUUUUCACAACUGUCGGGAAACAAAUCUUUGAAUGAGAAUUUGACCUCCCAGUGUAAUGGAGAUACCCACUGCAUCUACGAUGCCCUGGCCACAGGAAACAAAAGCCUUGGACUGUCCACUGAGAUGCUCUCUAGAAGAUACCAGCUGAUGAACACCACCCUGAAUCAGUACCCCCCGUCUAUUGAGGGUCCUGAUGUGAUGGAAGCCUACAUGGGACAGGCCAAGGUGGCUAAUUACACCAGCAGCACUAAGGACGUCACAUUCACUCUCAGAAACAACUACACUGACUUCAAGCUCUUUGAGAAUGGGACAUUGCUAUGGACACCAAAGUUGCUGGGACCACUUACUCUGGAGAUUCUAGCAAGAAGUGCCAAGGACAACUUGUCAUCUGUACUCAAGCCAAGGACAGUGGUCUGUGCGUGCGAGGCAGAGAGCCAGUGUUUAUACAACCAGACCAGCUGGGUGGGUGAUUCCUCCCUGGAGGUGGCCGAAUGCAAGUGUGACGGGAACGCCACAGGCCGCUACUGCAACCGCACCAAGGACCCCUGUGAAGAGCAGUGCUUCCCGAGUGUGAAGUGCAUUUCCGGGAAGGGCUGUGAGGCCUGCCCCCCGCACCUGACUGGGGAUGGACGUCACUGUGCACCUCUGGAGAACCUCUUCCUCUGUCAGAACAAGUCCUGCCCUGAGAAUUACUGCUACAACAACGGCCACUGCUACCUCUCCCAGGCUCAGGCCUGCCAGCCUGCCUGCACCUGCCCCCCAGCCUUCACCGACACCCGCUGCUUCCUGGCUGGGAACAAUUUCACUCCAACAGUCCAUCUAGAGCUUCCCUUAAGGAUCAUCCAUCUCUCACUCAUGGAAGACGAAGGUGCCUCCCAAGCAGAUGUCAAUGCCUCGGUGGCCUAUAGACUGAGGAACCUGGAUGUGCGGGCCUUUCUCUGGAACAGACGAGUGGAUCGAAUUGGGCCCCCAAUAGCACAGGCCUCAGGAAGCUCCCUUCACCGCUGGAGCAUCAUCUCAGAGUUCCAGUACCGCCCUGGGGGCCCUGUCAUCAACUUCCUGAAUACCCAGCUGCUAGAUGCAGUGGUGGAGGCGUUCUUAACUCCGUGGAGUAGGUGGAAGAGAAGUGCGGGGCCCAGGAACAACGUGACCUUCCACCCCAUCUACAGGAGGGACGUGCACAGUAUUAUGGCUUUGAAUGUGAGCACGCUGGAAACUUACCUCCAAUGCAGCGGAUACAAGGGCUACCAUCUGGUCUUCCACCCCCAGAGCGGCUUCACCUGCGUGUCCCCCUGCAGUGAGGGCUACUGUGAGCACGGAGGCCAGUGCCAGCACCUGCCCGAGGGGCCUCGCUGCAGCUGUGAGCCCUUCUCCAUCUACACGCCCUGGGGCAAGCACUGUGAGCACCUGAGUUUGAAACUCGACGCCUUCUUCGGGAUCCUUUUCGGGGCCCUGGGCGCCCUCCUGCUGCUGGGGCUCGUGCUGUUUGUGUUCCUGCACUUCCGGGGCUGCUGCGGGAGCCGUUUCUCCUACCCGCUGGGCUCGGAAGCUGAGGCUUUGCCCCGACGGGCUGCGGUGGCCUAUGAUACCUCAGGAGCUACCCCAGCCUCACCUGCACACACUCCCAGGCGUCGUGGUUUAGGGAGCCUGGAAAAAGUAAGGUGA